CUUUACUAUGUCUAACUCCCAAAUGGCGAGACAUGCCAUUAUACACUUGACUAUAUGACUUAGCCAAAGUAGCAUUACUAUCACAAAUGAUAUAAAUUGGUGAUAUUAGUUUAAGCUAUAAAGAAAUGUCAUAACUAAAGCCUCUCAAGCACUCUGCCUCUCCUCCGGCAGAAGCCAAGGCCGCUAACUCUGACUCCAUAGUGGAACUAGUGAUGCAAGUUUGCUUCUUAUAGGCCUAAGAGUUACACCUCCCCCAAGGAAGAAGACCCACCCUAAUGUUGAAGUAUGAUCUUGAACAUCAAAACUCCAAUUGGCAUUAGUUUAUCCUUCCAAAAAAGAUGGAAAUCCACUUUAAGUCAAUGCAUAAUGCAUUGUGCCUUUUAGAUAUUCGAGUACACAUCUCACUGCAUUGCCAAUGAUGAGCACUAAGAUUACUUGUAUACCGACUUAAUUUUCCUAAUACAUAUACAAUAUCUGGUCUUGUGCAAGUCAUUGCAUACAUCAAGCACCCAAUAACCUUGGAGUAGUCCACUUGUGAAACUGAUUGUCCAGUAUUAGGCAAAAGUUCCAUACUUGGAUCCACUAGGGUUUUUAAUUCACGAUGACUUUCACAAUAAAAUUUAGCAAGCACCUUCCCAAUAUAAUGAGAUUGAGACAAGACUACUUCUUUGCCGUUUCGCUUGAUUUCGAUACCCAAAAUCACAUCUGUCUCUCAAUGCCUUCGUAUAGAAUUUAGAUGAGAAAAACUCAUUACUCAUAAACACUUUUAAUUGGUUCCGAUUACAAGUGUUUUAAUCAUUUGAACAUCUCUAGUGAAAAGUUAAAAAAACGAGGGACUCAUUCAAAUUAAACUAGGGACUCUAAUUACUAAUUAGCAUCCAAUCAUGUGGUUAAACGAGAAAAAAAAAAAACUUAAAUAAAAUUCACAAGUUGAUAAUGUGGAAGAUCUCACACACUCUCUCCUCCCUGUCCCAUUAAGGUUUUUUAUGAUUGGGUAUUGAUGAUUAUUAAUAAGUAAACGAGAUCUAAUACAAAAUGAAUAAAUUAUUUGAUAGGACGCAUCCGCCAUCAUCAAUCUCCAUCCAUCUCCCACCGUUUUCCUUCUUUUCCUCGCUCUCUUCCCCAGUUCCCCUUCCUUCCUCCCUCCCCUCCACUACAGUCCCUGCUUUCCAUCAGCGAUAUAUUAUUAAUUCUGUUCGGGCAUGGCGGUCCUCAACACCUGACCCACCAACCUCACACUCUCUCUCUCUGCCUGUAUUCAUCUUCCCUAUUCAUACAGUCACAGCGUGGGGCAGUCGGUACAUAACUUUGCAGCAUUAUAUGUGUAUAUGAGCUUUGACUUGUAUACUCUUUAGACAGCAGCUUUCCAACUCGACGAGAGAAGAAAUUACUUGAGGAAAAUGGAGAGAUACGAGCUAGUGAAGGAUUUGGGAGCUGGUAAUUUCGGGGUGGCGAGGCUGUUGCGGCAUAAGGAAACCAGAGAGCUUGUUGCCAUGAAAUACAUCGAGCGAGGUCACAAGAUAGAUGAGAAUGUGGCCAGGGAGAUUAUCAAUCACAGAUCGCUCAGGCACCCCAAUAUCAUCCGCUUCAAGGAGGUUGUUCUGACUCCAACCCAUUUGGCAAUUGUGAUGGAGUAUGCUGCUGGUGGGGAGCUCUUUGAGCGCAUCUGCAGCGCUGGCAGAUUCAGUGAAGAUGAGGCUAGAUACUUCUUUCAACAGCUGAUCUCUGGUGUUGAUUUCUGCCACUUCAUGCAAAUCUGCCACAGAGAUUUGAAGCUGGAAAACACGCUUCUUGAUGGAAGCCCUGCACCUCGCUUGAAGAUUUGUGAUUUUGGAUAUUCCAAGUCAUCUUUGCUGCACUCAAGGCCCAAAUCGACGGUGGGAACUCCAGCAUACAUAGCGCCGGAGGUUCUAAACCGCAGAGAAUACGACGGCAAGUUGGCAGAUGUGUGGUCCUGUGGAGUCACUCUCUAUGUGAUGCUUGUGGGAGCAUACCCUUUUGAAGACCAAGAUGACCCCAAGAACUUCCGCAAAACAAUCCAGAAAAUAAUGGCUGUGCAGUACAAGAUCCCCGACUAUGUGCACAUAUCUCAAGAGUGCAGACACCUGCUGUCUCGCAUAUUUGUUGCAAAUCCACUGAAGAGAAUCUCCAUAAAGGAUAUAAAAAGCCAUCCCUGGUUCUUGAAGAACUUACCGAAAGAGCUGUCCGAGUCAGCUCAGUCCAUGUACUACAAGAGAGGGGAUGAUCCGAGGUUCCGUGUUCAAAGCGUGGAGGACAUUAUGAAAAUCGUGACCGAGGCACGGCAGAAGCCUACAUCAACAACCCCUGUCAAGGGCUUCGGGUGGGGUAGAGAGGAAGAUGAGGAGGAAGACAUAGAUGGAGAGGUAGAGGAAGAAGAAGAUGAAGACGAAGAAGAGGACGAAUAUGAUAAAAGAGUCAAGGAAGUUCAUGCCAGUGGGGAGUUUCAAAUCAAGUGACAAAUUCUAUACAUAGAAGCGAAAACAGAAGAAAAACAUGUGUUAAAACUUUUGUACGAUUAAACUCUUUUAGGUACAUGAGGAUAUGGAUGUUGUAGUAAUUUGCCUACCUUCUAAAACUUAUUCAGUUUAUUGCAUACAGUUAGUAAACUUGUCCAAUAGCAGCUGCUACUGAAUUCCGAGUGUUCUUAUAUCUAUAUGUUGUAACAAACUCUUAAUUUCCAAUAUUUGUCUAUGAAUCUAUGUUCUUUUGCUUCUUCUUCUAUGUUUUUAGGCUUUAAUAGGUUUGUCAAAAUCGUUUUUAGUUGGUUUGUGUCAUAGAUUUUGAUAGAAACCUGAAUUUUUACGAUUUAAGUAUUUGGACCAUUUCGUCAGUUUAUUAUUCUUUAUAACUUUGUUGGAAAUUGUUGGGGGUACCACUAGGAGGGCCAAAGAAAGACUCAUUGAGUCAAAAAUUAGCUCAAACAAUUACCCAGCAGAAGAAACCCAUGAAUGGGCCCACGAAGCCCAUUCCAUACAAGGUGAAAGGCACAUAAGGACAAAACGCUAAAGGCCAAGGAAGUCCAGACUGUCAAGUGGUCUCUCGCCUGCAGGCGCCUGACAAUCGUCAGAAGCUUGACAAGGUGGUUGAGGCAUCUGAAGAAAUGAAGGUACAAGGCAUUAAAUGUGGUGAUGACGU